AGCCUGGCAACCAGGACAAUGCGCAGGAUACAGCAGGCAGUAUGGCGGACAACGAAAGUGAUUUGGAAACAUACGGACUGGAAUUAGCUCUCGACACGCUCUGUCUAAGAUACUGCAGUAAGGAGUCAACUCUAAGCAGCAAAGACUACUGUUCUAAGUUUUGUGAGCUAGUUGAGGAGUACACAGGUCAGUGGCAAGUUCCCCUCCCUCAGCUGAAGGUGCUGAGGACUGCGAUCUGCUGCUUCACCAGAGCCACAGCCGGCUUUCCAGACGACUGUCAACACAUCCAAUAUGUUCUCAGUAGUCUGGCGUUGAGCUUCUUUGAGCUGAUGCUGUUUUUUAGCAAAGAGGAGUUUGUGGAAGAGCCUUUAAAAGACAUUCUUGAUUCUUUUCAGGAAUGCCACUUCCAGCUCCUGAGACAUAGGAACAUCUACCUACAGCACGUGAAGCAGGUUAUUAAAGGAGGAGGCCCGUGGGAGAAUCCGGUCCUUCAGGGAAUCUUAAAGGAAGCAGAUUUGCCACAAAAUGAGGUGGAGGACUUCUUAAGCUCAGAGCCGCCCAUUUUCUUGGAGCUGCGCGUUCGAUAUCUGCAAGCUUGUGAACGCAUCCAGGAGGCUAUGACCCUGGCUAAAAGCUGCCUGGAAAAUCACGAAGCAGCACAGCAUCUGUACUUCCACCAGGCCUACCUGACCUGUCUGUACAAGGCUUCACUGUAUGAAAACCUUCACAAAGAGAUGGCAGAAAUAGACGGCCGUGAUGCGGUGGAGAUCAUCUGCAACACAGAGAGUGUGGAAAAAGAUGAACUUCUCCUGUCGCUUUGCAAAGCUUUCCUCACUCGCCAGCUUCACAACGGAGACAUGUAUUACAUCUGGGACUUGGUUUUCAUCUGGAGCAGGCUGUAUCUCAGAGCCCAUCCAUCUAGACAAGGCUUCCUCAGUGAGUGCUUACAGUUGGCCUCCUCUGCUACCAAUGUGAGAGCCAUUUUCCCCUUCAUCAAACUGGUCACUGCAGAGCUUGGAAAUAAGGGAGUGGAGGUGUGUGUGGAGCUUUGUGCCAGAGCGCUGCAGCUGUGCGAUAAGCAGGCCGACACUGUUACUCAGCCGCUCGUCUGCAAGACCAUAGCGUUCCUGCUGCCUCAUGACCUAGAGAUCUGCCGAGCGUGUGCCCUGCUCGUGUUCUGCCAGGAGAGGAGCCUGGAGGCCUACCGAACAGUCUGCCUGCUUUACAUGCAUCCUGAUCAGGAGCCGCAUCCUGACAGCAACACCGUCCGGACAAAUGUUCGCUUCCAUAUUCUGCAGAUGCUCAAGGAGCGCUUGUGUUUUGACCCCGAAUUUUGGAACCUACUAACUCUUAGAACUCGUUGUUUGGAGUUGAUGAGUGACAAGGUCACCAAGGAUGCUGUUCUCAGUGAGAUGAAGGAGGAAGAGGAAAAGGAGUGCACCCCGGAAUACUUGCCAAAUAAAUCGGUGCACAGCUCGUGCAUUCUUGGUUUAAAGUCAUGCCACUGCAGUCCAGCUGCCACUCCAAACGAAACUCAGAAACAGACGCUGACAAAUGGAGUGGAAGAAAAGUCAGAACCCAACGACGCACAUUUAAGAAGGAUGAAAUGGAGAAGACGACUCCCAAAGAGAACCAAAAUAAUCUCCAAUGAGGAGUUCGAUCCGGAUCCAGAGGUCACAUAUGACCUCGAAUCAACCUCUUUGGGUAGCAAGCCCGCGUAUUCACUACGACAGAAUCACACAAAGAUGGAACAAUCCGCUUCUCUUAAGCUCCCUCUGAACCGCAAGAGGGAGUACUUGUCUAGAUGUGUGAAGAGUCAAAUUCUAAAAAGAAAAGGGCAAAAGAGAAGAUGGUUGCAGGGUCUUCCAAGGCUCGAGCAGGCGCAGACGGUUAAAGAGAACAAGAUCAAAGUUAGAGGGCGAAAGCGCGGAAGGAAGCCCUUACACAAACUGGAGCUCUCUUAUCCUGACAAUGAAAUGAACCUCGAGAAAUACAGUGGUGGUGAAGACGAGAAAACCGGCACUCCUGAGAAAGAUCGGGAUUGGCCUUACCGGGAUAUCGAACUGGAAAACCAGAAUGAGGAGAAAGAGAAUGAACCUGAGCAUCAGCGUGACCCUGGGAAUGAAAACAGAGGCAACACAAGCUUAGUCCAUGCUAGCAGUUACUGCCAACAAAUUCAAGGGGAAUCUCCAGCUCAGUUUGUGCCUGAGCUUUAUGGAGUUCCUCUUGUAGAAGCUAAUCCUGAGCUUGACGGACCCUUGCUGAAGUUACCCGAGUUUCCCAUCGAACUGUUGCACAAUUACUCCCUUCAAUCCCAACAGCUUGAAAACGAGAGCGAGGAACAUCUGGAAUGUAAGCAGUCCGAUGAGAUGAGUGCAGAAGAGGAUCUCCAGCCGGAGCAGAAUCUGGAGAUCCCCAAACUCGAGCUCAAAGCCAAAGCGACAUGGAGGGAGAGAGUACUCCGGACUCAAAAAUACGGCCAUUUGUCAUACCGCUGCGGCCUCUGCUGUAAAACCUAUAAGGGUUUGAACGUGAUGAGGCAUGCUAUUUCCCAUCUGAAAAACCGAAAACUGAAAUGCAUCCUCUGUGGGAAACGCUUCAAACAGUUCCCACUGGCCAAAAAGCAUGUUCUGGACCACAUCGAUGAAAUGUGCAAACAGAAACCCCCUGAUGAGGAGCCAAGCACCGACACAACUCCAACUGCUAAUGGGAUUAUAGACGACACUAAAGAAGGUAAGACUCCAUCUGCUAAAGUGGAAGCAUCUGAGCAGAAAUCCAAAAGUAAAACCAAACUGGAAAGUCUCACAAGGGAAGAAAGAAUCAUCAGGAACGUCCGCAUCCUCCUCAAAAAGACCUCUGGGAUUCAGAAAAAAGACUCCACGUCCAGGCAGGUGGACUUCAAGGAUGAGCAGGUGGUCCUGUCAGAUGAUCUGGUGGUCAUAAAGGAACCGUUUUUAAGAAAGGAUAAAGAGGGAGGAGAGGAACAGGAAAGGCCAGCAGGAGAAAAUGGCUGCAAUGUGGACGUGAAGUUCCACCUGUGCCCAUCAGACUCCUGUGAUAAAGUGUUCAUGAGAUUAGGCAGCACCAUAACCAAGCAUGCUCUCAGAUGCCAUGUGGAGGAGGAGAAAGUGCUGGAGAAGGCUUUUCUCUGGUCCAAGCGAAAGUGCAGCUUCUGCCUCAGGCAGAUUCAGUUUUAUCAGCAUUACAAAGACCAUGUGAAGCUCCACGGGGCUUCUUUGCCGUAUUUCUGCUACCAUUUGGAGUGCACCAAACGCUUCGCACAGCAGCAGGAGUUAAAGGACCACGUCAGGACCCAUCAGCCCUUCACCCCUCAGUGUCAGUUCACAGACUGUGAGAAGCUCUUCUCCAAUUGUCAGGGUCUCUUUGACCAUGAAUGGAGGCAUUAUGUCCCCGUUCCACAGAAAGAAGAGUUGGAGCAAAUCACCCCGGAAGUGAAGCAGCCCAGCUCUGAGGCUCCGUGGAAGCAGAGAGUGAAGGUUGAAGAGUUGUGGCUGCAAAGCAGGAAGGGAGAGGCUCCCACUCUGGAUGUUCAUGUGGACAGGGUUAAAGCUGCAGAUGAAAGCUCUACAGGAAGUGUCCCAGAUAAAAGCCCAAACAUGUCCUACUCUGAACACUGUUCUAAAGAAUGGGAUGACGAUCAACACGUGGAAAGUGGGAAACCAACCAUCAAUGGAUACGAAGAUGUUGGGAGGAACGCACAGGAGCCCCCCUCGAAUUCCAACACCCCUGCUGCCAUUAAGAGUUCCGCUAAGAAGUGUCAAAAGAAAGUUCCUAAAGAUUGGGAUGUAAUAGAUGUAAAAGACGUAGAGGAUGUGUCCACUCUGGCUGAAGGGAUCCAGAAAAAUAUGGGGGAGCCACACAUCACUGAGCACAAAACCUUCAAGCCUGAAGAUCCCGCCUACGCACCUUUUGUCAAAGCCCCUUUCAUCAGACCACCGCCCUCCACGUACCUGGACGAAUCGGUCCUCUCAAUGCCCAAGAGGAGGUCUUCAGACCAGCCCCCACCUAAGAAAUACUACAAGAAAAAUAAACAAACCGCUCAACAAAAAGACACAAAUGAGGUCGUGUCGGCCCCAAAACAGAUCAGACAUCGCUGUGACAAAUGUCUAUCCUCUUUCAACACUUUGGAGGAGCUUCAGAGCCAUCAGACCCUUAACACCUGCUCUUCUCUCUUUGGUUUUGACUCAGAUGAUGAAAACUAAAUGUUGAAAACGUUUUUUAUGAGCAGGUGCCAGCUUUUUAUAAAGGUAGGGAAAAUGACAAUAGAAAAAGUCACUUUCAAAGGUAACCAAUACUUCUGGAUUUUAGAUGCUUCACAACCAGUGUGCAGAAUUUACAGGUCUGGACGUUCAGCAGAUGUGGUCUUUCAAAUGAAAAGGGACAGCUGAGCACUUCGGAGGGUUAGAAAAACAGCUCUUAAAGCAGAUUGCACUUCUUAAAGAAAGUGGAGGUUCUUUAACAUUUGCACCAAGAUGUUUCCGUAUCAUGUUUGUUGUGGAGAGUAAUCACUUCCGCAACCACCCGAUGGGGUUGCAGAAGUCACCCAAAAGAAGCUGCUUCUGUUGGUUUUGCUCUGAAGCAUCCAGAGCUAGCUUAUCCUUAAAGAAUCUUCGUAAAUAAAAACGAUCAUGGAAAACCUUGAA